GACAGAGAACGCAGACUGAAGCGGUUCAUAGGAGUGGCGCUGAGAGUGUGUGCCUCAGAGGAAACUUGGAUCUGUUCGGAGUGUGACGCUCAUUUAUCCACUCAAUUAACAGCUAAUUACAAGCCUGUUCUGGAGCCUGGACUGUGUGUUUCUUUGUGUGUGUGUGUGUGUGUGUGUGAGAUUUAUCCUGGUGCUUAACGACGUCCCACACUGCUGUUAAAACCCCUGGACCCGACCGCUGAAUCAACUUCUGGAGACAUACACUGGGUGUACGGACAGCCUGGCGGAGGACUCGGGCAGAUAUGUCAGACAACGCCGGUUGCGAGUUUGAAAUCGACGUGGAGAGCCUGGAGACGGAGAGCGACGACCUGGCAGACUCGUGCAGCCGCCCCGGCUCUGCCCCGCUCGAGGACGACGGAGACGGAGACGGAGACGGCGGCAAGGGCGACGACAAGCAGGGCCCCAGCGGCCCCAUGUGUCCGGGCGAGCAGAGGAAGCUGAGCCGGACGCCGAAGUGCGCUCGCUGCCGUAACCACGGCGUGGUGUCCUGCCUGAAGGGACACAAGCGCUUCUGCCGCUGGAGGGACUGCCAGUGCGCCAACUGCCUGCUGGUGGUGGAGAGACAGCGGGUGAUGGCUGCGCAGGUGGCCCUAAGGAGGCAACAAGCCACUGAGGAUAAGAAAGGAAUAUCUGGGAAGCAAAUCCCAGCAGAGAGGAGGACGAUAUAUCAGCGACACAUUCGACCGUCCACCAUGCUCGCCAAAAGCAUCCUCGAAGGAUACCGUCCGGUGCAGUCUGAUCCAUUCCUGGCGGCCAACCCGUCUCUCCCCCCGCCGCUGAGCGAUCGCAUGAGAAAGAGAAGGGCCUUCGCCGACAAGGAGCUGGAAACCAUCAUGCUGGAGCGGGAGUACAAAGAACGAGAGCUGCUGGAGAACAGCCAGGCGACCUCGCUCAUCUUCCCUAACAGCAUGGCUCACCACGCUGCAGAGUACAACUACAAGACGGCCUACUCGCCAGCAGCUCAGGUUGAGCCCCAGCCCAAAGAGCUGUGCAACUUCCUUGGCCCUAACUGCCUGGAUCUGUCCAUGCAGUACCCCGCCAGCUCAGCCAACGUCGAGCUCAUCUCCUCCAACGUCAGCGUGGCGACCACGUACCGCCACUACCCGCUGCAGCCGUCACGAGGCGGCUUCAUGAUGUGGCCCCGCGGUGCAGCCAACCUGGGCGACGCCCUGCUCUACCAGCAGUGCCUGUUCAAUGCCACGGCGGUGCAGAACAUGAAGCCAGGUGCUGUGUGGGAGCCCAAGGCGAUGCCUGCUGAAAGCCAGCCGCCGGAGCAGGAGGCCGCCCUCGCUGCUAAACUGGAAGGAUCCCGAGCAGCUGCGCUGCAGGACUCAUCAGACCGUCUACGGGCUGAUCCCAAACUUCACGGUGUCACCCAGGGGGGCCAGAGGGAGUGCUCAGCCUUCUCUCCACUCAAGAGGAGCUUUGGACAAUCCUUCCCCAACAACUCUCAUUCCCAAAACUCCAGCCAAGUCCUGAACAAGCUGAGCAAGGACAGCGCUAAGCUUUCCAUGAAACUCAACUCCUUUCAAUCCCUCAUCCAGCACUCGCUGAGUGAGAAAACCAGUGGCGGGGCCGGGCUGGAGCUCAGGGCUCCAUACUGCAAAGAGCUCUUAGAGGAGGCCGCCCGAAAGUUCAGGGAGGGCUCCGCCAAGGACAUUCAGGCCGCCAAAAUCAGUGACAGGUACGCCAAAGACUUUCUGUCCAAACCUGUGGGGACCAAGAUGGCAUCCAGUGAGUCUCUGUCCUUCUCUGUGGAGGCCAUACUGAAGAGACCCACACCUGCCAUGAGUCGAGCAUUCCAUUAAUUUCCAUUAAGUGUCUUUUCUUGCACUAUAAACUUCAGGUUUAUCUCAGUUAGAGGACAUCUCAGAGUUUUGGUUUUGGGGUCAAACUAAGUCUAAUUAGACAAGCUAGAAAAUAUAUAUAUAUUUCCCAAUGUAAUAUUUAUGUACUGUAUAUAUUUUCCAUGUGCAUGUUUUAAUAACUUUAUUGUGUAGAGUAUUUAAACAUCCCAAUGUUUUCCUCAUGUCAAUAAACUUUAAACGA